CCCUUCUCCUCUGCACGUGUUUACAGUCCGCCACAGCCUCCGCUGCCACCGCCGCACCGCGCCGGCUCGCGACCACUUGUGACUGCAGACGCCGCGACGGCCGCACGUCUAGCUAUAUCUCGUCAUUACAAUGACUCUCCAGGCAAUUAAGUACGAGUUGGGGAAGCUGGAGAUUUUAGAUCAGCUGCUCUUGCCUCGCGAAUCUCUUUACGUACGCGUCAGUCGCGUGAAGGACGGAUGGGAAGUGAUACACAAUAUGCAGGUACGAGGAGCUCCUGCAAUUGCCAUUGUUGGUUGCCUUAGUCUUGCAGUUGAGCUCCAGGGAAUGGUUUAUGAUGACAAAAGCCGACUGCGACAAGAUAUUGAGGGCAAAUUGAACUACUUGUGCUCUGCUAGACCGACAGCUGUCAAUAUGAAAAUAGCAGCAGAGGAGUUAACAGCUGAAACAAACAAAUUAUUCAGUGAUGAGUCUGUUAUCGAUGCUGAAGACAUGAAAAAAAGAAUAAUUAAAAGUAUAGAAUCUAUGUUGGAAAAAGAUAUCAGUGAUAACCGUGCGAUUGGUGGUCAUGGAGCUCAAGCCUUGCUGUCUCACGUUAAAAGUGUGUCUAAUUCAAAAGUCCGAGUUCUGACCCAUUGUAACACAGGCUCCCUUGCAACUGCUGGCUAUGGAACUGCCCUUGGUGUCAUUCGUUCAUUGUUUGCUUUGGGAAAAUUGGAAAAAGCAUACUGCACAGAGACAAGACCCUACAAUCAGGGAGCUCGACUCACAGCUUAUGAACUUGUCCAUGAAAAAAUACCUGCCACAAUGGUGUGUGAUAGUGCAGUAUCCGCUCUCAUGAAAUCAAAAACUAUUAAUGGUGUAGUUGUCGGAGCUGAUCGAAUCGCAGCAAAUGGAGACACAGCAAACAAAAUAGGAACAUACCAGAUUGCUGUUCUUGCUAAGUAUCACGGUGUUCCAUUUUUUGUUGCUGCACCUCUCACUUCAAUUGAUUUGGAUACCCCUAACGGUGACCGCAUUGUUAUUGAAGAGAGACCUGCAAUGGAAAUGACGCAUGUUGGAGGGCAACAGAUUGCUGCAUCUGGCAUUAACUGUUGGAAUCCAGCAUUCGAUGUUACUCCUGCAGAUCUCAUAACUGGUAUCAUAACAGAACAUGGAGCUUUUUCUCCCUCUGAACUUGCAGCAAAAAUUGCUCCUCUAAAAUCAAAACCGUCGUAGUUUCUUUGAGGUAUUGAAUACCGUUGUCCAAAAUAAUACUCAGUCUGAACCUGAAGAAAUUUUAAUGACUGAAGUAAGAAAGGUUUUAUAAUAAUGAACAACCACUAUCAGCUUGGUUGUAAAACUGUAUAUUUUUUAUUAUUUUUAUUAUCAGUGUUACAAAAAUAUUCUAGACUUCUCCACUUUUAAUGAACAUUUAUAAAGCAAUUAAUUUAACCUGCACAUACAGAUGAAAUGAAAGAAAACCUGUACAAGUAAUAUUUGCUUGAAAGUUGUGCUCUAUUUGCGAUAUGGUUUCUUUUCUUUAGAGGCCUGAUUUAUAUUUUAUAACGCUUAUACUGUUCCUUGCACAAUUUUCCUCUAAUAAAAUAUGUACAACA